AUGGAGUCGUCCGCUUCUCCUUCGGGAGCAAGCUCGCACGCGACGCAAACCGGCCGGCCUUCGCUCUGGACAGACUCGGACCAGCGCAAGCUUGGCCGUCUCUACGUCUAUACGACUCUGCCCCUCAAGAAGAUCCUUGAUGUCAUCCGAGCUUCCUCUCCUACCUCUGGACCUGGAAAGGAUUCGGCCAAUAAAAAGCUCAACGCCAUGCUCGACAAGGAGCCCCGAUGGCUCCGUCCUCGUACCGACACCGAUGUGGAGCGCCGCAUGACAGCUCUGGCACAUUCGCCCACUCGAUCGAUCAAGCGCGAGCUUCCAUCGCCCGGCGGUAUGCAACAACACUACGACCAAUCCCCCAUCUCUCCUGCCGACUACAACAACCACAACCCCUGGAACCUGACGCCUAACAACGGCUUCGUCGCCCCCUCGCAAGCCGCCCAUUACGACUACGAUCCGACUCUGCUCCGAAUACAUCCUCCUGAUACAAAUUACCAAGCCCUAUCAUGCUCUCCAGAGACUCCCGCCCACUUUGCCAACCAAAUCGUCGCUGAACCAGUGACGGAACCACAUGCACCGCCCACUGGACUCCCUCACCGCUUUAGCAACUUUUAUCGUCGCGGCACAACGAUGACGAACUCGACCGAGAGAACGACGACCGAGCUGAGACGCGCGCUCUCGGGUUACUCCUCGAAUAUUGUGACCCACGUUCGACGGGUCGUAAAACGAUACACGAUGCCUGUCCAACAAGGGCAGAAUAGCUCACCCCUUGCCGAGCACAGUGACAGCGCCUCGGGCUCUAGAAGAGAUUCCUGGAUCCACGACGAACAUGCGCCGCCCGAGAGGACCGGAGAACUCUACUUACCUGGCGAUUACCUGCUCAUGGACGCCCUUCUGCAAAGACAAGGUCCUUGCCUCGAGGGAUCCCCCGAGCACCAAACCCGCAACUGCCUCUGCCGUGCCGCCCUUCAGAUCCGCGGAACAGUUUGGGUUGAUGAGAACGGAGGACCAUCCCCACUCGCUCUGAGCCUGAUGCAAAAGGACGUUGCUACUCCGGCAGAUUUUAAUACCUGCGAUGUGUUUGAGAAUUUUCUCAUGCACAUGCUCGUCGCUCGCGACGUCGACCACUUUUACAUACUGCAGCUUGUUUCGUCCAACGUCAAUUGCCGCCAGAGGAACGUCGCUGGCCAAACCUUUCUGCAUCUUCUCCAGCCAUCCUGGCUCGACGAACCCAACACUGGUCUUGGGCAUCUAACAACUCUUAUUCAGUCCUUUCGUCACGACAUGUCGUUCCUCCUCGCCAGGGACUGCUACGGUCGCACCUUCCUCCACGUUCUCCGAUCCAAGAUCCAAGAUGCCACUCGCUUCAACCAGCUCCUCCAAUCACUCGACUUCACCCUGCGCCGCGACGCCUUCGGGUCCGUUCCUGCCUAUGAGCCCGACGCGCUUCACAUCCAACCUCUACGGCGCGCCAUCACGUCGGUGAUGAGCGAAGACGCGCCGAUGUCGUCGUAUGACCAGCCAACACUCCCCGCAGUGGACCUCGACUUGGUAUCCGCACAUGCUAGGCUCAUCGAGAUGAUCAAGAGGGCACAGGAAGAGCCCCGCCUCGAAGAUGCCCGUGGCCGGAACGGACUUCAUUGCCUUGCGGCUGCCAUCCUAAGCGACGUGUCUCUUCUUCGACAAGCCGGAAUGACAAACAAGCUUGACAAGAGCAACCAAUCGGCGCAAGGCGAAGCAGCGUCCAGCAAGAAACGCAAGCGAGAAACUGGCCUCAAACACACCGAUUCGUCCAAGGAGCGCCUCACACUCCGCGAAACCAUCGCCAACAACCUGAUCCUCUCGGGCGUCAACGUAAACCAUUACGACGCCGAUGGCAACACGGUUCUCAUGGCCUUCGUGGCCCAGCUGCCCGAAGACGAUGACUACAAGGUGCCUGUGGAAAUCCUCAAGCUCCUCAUCAAACACGGCGCCGACGUCAACGCUAGAAACCGCCGCGGCGAGACGGCGCUGCACAUCGCGGUGCGCCGCGGCAGGAAGCUGGCCAUGCGCACGCUUGUCGAGAACGGCGCUAAUGUCCAUGUGCGCGACGCUGCGGGCCGCGGACUGCUCGACGUGGCUGACGAGAUGGCCAGGUGCAGCAAUGCCAAUAAGCCCUACAUGCAUUCUGAGGCGUGUAGGGCGUUCUUGUCGGGGCACCACGCUGUCCAAGACCCGUCCAUCCUCCAGGAGUGGGGGGUGGCUGACUCGUAA